AGCGACCCCGGCGGCCGCCGCCGCCCCCUGCCCCACCAUGAUCAAAGCCAUCCUCAUCUUCAACAACCACGGCAAGCCGCGGCUCUCCAAGUUCUACCAGCGCUAUAGUGAAGAUACGCAGCAACAAAUUAUCAGAGAAACUUUCCAUUUAGUAUCAAAACGUGAUGAAAAUGUCUGUAAUUUCUUAGAAGGAGGAUUAUUAAUAGGUGGAUCUGAUAACAAACUAAUUUACCGACACUAUGCCACCUUGUAUUUUGUGUUCUGUGUGGAUUCUUCAGAAAGUGAGCUUGGCAUUUUGGACCUCAUACAAGUAUUCGUGGAAACACUAGACAAGUGUUUUGAAAAUGUCUGUGAACUGGAUUUAAUUUUCCAUGUAGACAAGGUCCAUAAUAUAUUGGCCGAAAUGGUCAUGGGUGGAAUGGUUUUGGAGACCAACAUGAAUGAAAUUGUCACUCAGAUUGAUGCUCAAAAUAAACUGGAGAAAUCUGAGGCUGGUUUAGCAGGAGCUCCAGCCCGGGCUGUUUCAGCUGUAAAGAAUAUGAAUCUGCCAGAGAUCCCAAGAAAUAUUAAUAUUGGUGACAUCAGUAUAAAAGUGCCAAACCUGCCCUCUUUUAAAUAACAUGGCUACUCCAGGUAAAACCAAGGAAGAAAUGUAAUAGAGAUUUACCGCAUAAUUGUUUACUAAAUAAAUGACAUGUCUAGCUUUUACUAUUUGGAUAAAACUCAAGGUACUGUAUAGACAUAAUUUGAAAAAUCAGUGUGUGGAGUUGAAUGUUGCUUUUGUCUUGUUCGUGAAAUUAAAGGAAAUGGGUAGUUCCUGUGUGAUUUAUAAAUUACAUUCCUGUGCCCUUGUAAGGCAUAUCACUGUGUCUCAGCUGCUGCAGUAUUUUGGGAAAGUAUUUAGGAUGUUCUUUACUUUGUAUAACCUAUAAUGCUGAGUUUUUUGUAUAUUCACUAAGGUCUAUUAUUAGUGCAUUCCUUAACUACUUCUGCGGUUUGUCAUGGUUAUUUAAGACUUAAGUGCAAAUGUUGCAUGAAAACAUUAAACUCUUGUUUUGUUUAAAUAAAAUAAUAACAAACUGAACUUCUGAAUACCUGUUUGUCUGAAAUCUACUCUUUGCAAUAAAUCAUG